AUGUUGCAGUGCAUAGAGGGAUUUAAGCAUUUGUUUGCUCCUCUAGUACGAUGUUGUGACCUUGAUUUAUAUAAGCAGACAACUGGUCUUGAAGAUCCUGAAAUCCUUGCGAGGGAGACCGUUUUCAGUGUAAGUGAAAUCGAAGCACUUUACGAGCUCUUUAAAAAGAUCAGUAGUGCGGUGAUUGACGAUGGACUGAUCAACAAGGAAGAGUUUCAAUUGGCAUUAUUCAAGACGAAUAAAAAAGAAAGUUUGUUUGCUGAUCGGGUAUUUGAUUUGUUUGAUACAAAGCACAAUGGGAUACUUGGCUUCGAAGAGUUUGCUCGUGCUCUCUCCGUUUUCCAUCCAAAUGCCCCAAUUGAUAAAAAGAUUGAGUUUUCCUUUCAGUUGUAUGAUCUCAAGCAGCAGGGUUUUAUUGAAAGACAAGAGGUGAAGCAAAUGGUAGUUGCUACACUUGCUGAAUCUGGCAUGAACCUAUCCGAUGAUGUUAUAGAGAGCAUAAUCGACAAGACUUUUGAGGAAGCCGAUACAAAGCAUGAUGGCAAGAUUGAUAAAGAAGAAUGGAGAAACCUUGUUUUGCGCCAUCCAUCACUUCUCAAGAACAUGACCCUUCAAUAUCUAAGGGACAUCACCACAACAUUCCCAAGCUUUGUAUUCCAUUCACAAGUAGACGAUACUUGA